ACACGUUUAGUGGUGUAUCCCUCACAACAUGUUAAGCAAAGACAGGGGCCCUCUAAUGGUCAGAUGGUCGAGUACACCAGUUAGGUAGGUGUGACGGACAUCGGAAAGUGAUUCAAAAGUUUAACACAGUACCACAGCAGACUACAUAAUUAUGAACGGGUACGGAUCUUGGUCAAACACAACGGAUUCGGACAGAAUGGAAGGAAACACACCAGGAUCGAACAGAACGGGUGGAUACAGACCGGAAUCGGACAGAAUGGACGGACAUAUGUCGUCGUCGGAUAGCAGGUACAUUGACAAUGGCGAUAGAGAUUCAAACGGAAGUGUGGUAUCAUUAGACUCACAGGGCAAAAAGAAGUCAUUCGGUCGCGUAAUUGAACGAUUCGCUGAAAAGACAUCGAUGCAGGGUGUCCCCUACAUCAACGUCGCAAAGCUGCGUGUUGCCAAAAUCAUUUGGACUUUUCUGCUGAUCGGUGCCAUUGCAAUGAUGGUAUUGCAUCUUUACUAUCUCGGCAACCAGUUCUUUCAGUGGCCAAAAUCGACAACAAUUGAACUUGGCUUCAGUAAUCUCCAGUUACCCGCGAUUACCGUUUGUAACGUAAACAUCAUUCGGAACUCCAAACUUCGUGACCAUCCCGAUAGCUCCCUCGAUAGCUUACGUGCUCUGACAACCGCUGUCGACCCAACACAACUAGAUCCCACACAAACCGGCGCAUAUACUGGUAACCAAGGCCAAGGAACCGGAACCGGAACAGGAACCGGAACAGGAACAGGAACUGGAACUGCACCUGGUGGACUUGGACAGACAGGAAAGCGACGAAAACGGGCGGUGCAGACGUACAAAGACAUCAACCUGGCGGACUACAAGAAACAACAAACUGCCCAAAAGGACACUUCCGUCGGUCCCCGUGACGCUGUUUCGGACAUAGAGGCCACCUUCACAGACCUUUACAUGGAUGUCGAUAGAGACACGCGUGUAAGCAUAGGCCACACCAUCGACAACAUGUUGGUAUCAUGUGCCUUCAACGGCCAGACGUGUUACCCAGAUAAUUUCACAUUGAUUCAAACACCAACCUAUGGAAACUGCUAUACCAUACAGUCGCCAAAAUUUGUUUCCAAACAAUCUGGACCGUCAACAGGAUUAAAGUUGACGCUGUACGUAGACAACCAGGAUUACAUCAAAGGUAUCACCCAAGGACACGGGGCCCGAGUGACGUUACAUAAUCCGGGUACCAUACCUGAUCCUUCGGAAUUGGGCUUCUUCGUAUCCACUGCGUUUGAAACAGACAUCGGAUUGAAGCUGGUGGAUAUUUACAGAAGCGGUAAGCCGUAUGGUGAAUGUACGGAUGGUGCGUCCUUCGAACAAAGGUACAGGAAAAAAUACACGCAACAGGCGUGCCUCAAUGCAUGUAUAGAGGAAGCCAUGCUGUCGAGAUGUGGCUGUUAUGAAUUGCGUAUGCAGGAACUCUUCUAUAUGGCCGGCAUUACAACCGAGAGAUUCUGCAACACAACAGCAGAGCUCGACUGUCAGGCCAUUAUUCAGGAAGAGCUCGAACAAAAGACAUUAAAAUGUGACUGCCCCAACCCAUGCUCGGAGACGGUUUAUGGGAAGACGUUCAGUACGAGACAGUGGCCGACCGAGGAUUACUCUACAGUGUUAGUUCAGGCGAUUUGUGAGACUGACAACAGAACUGCUGACUGCAAACAUCUGGCAGCGAUCACCGACAAGGCGGAACUAAGUAAAAACUUUCUGAAAUUGGUCAUCUAUUAUGAAGAUUUAAAUUACGAAAGGAUUGAAGAAACACCAGAAAUCGAGACGGCGCAGUUCGCUUCGGACGUUGGCGGUGCUAUCGGUCUCUGGAUAGGACUGUCCAUGCUCAGUAUGUUUGAGGUGGUGCAACUGCUCAUAGAGCUGUGCGGUUAUGGCGCUAGCAAGUGUAAGGCGAACGACGCCAAGAAAGAAAGGGCUAGACGAAAACGUCAGCAGCGCCGCCUGAGGAAUCGACAAAAUGAAUAUUUCAGAAGAUAUGGUUUAGAGGAUGACAAGGCGAGGCACGGAAUGAAUGGAGUCCCUCCGGCUUUCAGAGCCAGACAUGAGAUGAACGGAAUGCCCCCAGAUAACAGGGAGGACUAUAACUUGCCAAACCAUUCGAUGAACGGUUUCAAGGAGAUGGACGGUUAUACUGUGUAUAAAGGUCAUUCCCAGACCAGCAGUGAACGUGGCUUACGGUACUAAUUGUAACCGCGAAGAUAAUGUUGAUGAAUGCGAGUUUCAAUCAUAGCGAUAUCUACAUAGUUGACACUGAAUCGAUCAGAAGUGGUCACCAAUGAGCUAUUGUCUUUGAUAGGGAAUGUCAAAAAUAUCAUUUGUUUCCGAGAAUGUCUCGGUAUUGAUUGGAUUUGCUUCUGGUGACUAUAUUACGCAUACAGACGACGACAAUGAUGAAAAUGUAUCUGAACAACCUUAAUUUUUGUUCAUAUAUAUCACUUUUUGUAAGCACUCCAUCACUUCCGUUGCAUGUUUAGCAAAUGAAUAAGAUGGAUUACUAAUUGGUCAUUGCAAAAUAAAAUGGGCAUUGUAUUGUUUUUGAAAGCGGAUUGUCCCCAUAAUGUGGAAUAUAAGGUGUGGAGAUCUUUAGAAUAACGACAUAUAUCCGUAAUUAGGAUACGUAUAUAUACACGCUCACUUACGUAAUGUUACUGAUAGCCGUUAAUGAGUCAAUUGUACAUUAGUCAACUGUACAUCCAUCAUCAGUUCCACUUUAGUUUAUUAAGGGUCCCUGUCCGGCUGCACUGCCGUUUUUGCUUAAUACAGUUACCUCCCCUUAACUUCCGUUUGGAUAUAACUGUAGCACAUAUUGGCUCCUACACUUUCGUUGUGCAUGUAGCUCAAUCGGUUUCAGCAAUGGUAUAACAAUCUGAAGUAUAGGACCUGUAUUCAUGAAACCGUUCUCACGUUUAAACAUGGAUUCUUUGCCCAAGCCUUAUUUCUUCUUCCGGUUAUAACUUAUUUUAAAAACCCUAUUUUGGAAAAUUAGUUAUAAAUUAAAGAAACUUGAACCCGAAAACUGUGUCCAAUGUUUACAAUUGACUUUUUGAUCGUUUGACAUGAUAUAAGUGGGUUAUAAGAAAGUUGGUUUGAGCACAGAA